UCGCUGCCACUGCUUCCACGGUCAGUCGUUGUUAGACCAACCUCGUUUUGCGUCAAUUUUUAGUUUUUAGUGUAGUGUGCUUAAUCAAAAAGGAAAAUGUGUUCGAUUUUACGGAUACCUUUAACAUUAUUUAUUUGUGUUAUCGUUGUCUCCGGCCAUGUUCACGGACCGAGAAGAUCUCGAAGGAUGGAUAUUGAGGACUAUGCACGAAAUGAAAUUGACAGUGGUCGAGCUGAUGAAACCUCAUGGUGGCCCACAGCAGAGUUUGCGGUUCUACAAAAAGUUUACGACGAUUGCAGUGCGCAAAAACAUUUGACCACAUGCCUAAAGGGCAAGGCUUUAAAUGCACUUACGAGAGCCGUAGAGCAGGAAAACGUACAACUUGCUGACGGUUUGACAUUGGUGAAACAGGCUGAUGCGCCGGUGGCGUCUGCCGAGCCUCGCUUCCUGCCUGGGAUGACUACCGAAGAAAAACUCGAUAACAUGCUACGAGCGAAGUUCGAGCAACUGCUUAGCACUCAUACCAUAUCCAUGGACUUAGCUUCGGAAGGAAGGGGUAGAGGGAAAAAGGUCCUGCCUUACCUAUUGCUCGGUAUUUUUACAACUGUUAGCAUAGUAGGAGGUAUGGCUCUGAAGACCUUAGCUGCAAUUGCUGGAAAAGCCCUCAUUGCUAGUAAAGUAGCAUUAACGAUUGCUGGCAUUAUUGCUCUGAAAAAACUCUUCAGUCACGAUGGAACCACAGGGGAAACCACUUUCCAAGUACAUGCCGAUGGGCAUCAUAGUUUUCUUUAAUUCUAGUCUUUAAUUCGAAGGCGCAAUCUUUAUGUGGUGAGGCCUGUGAAAUCUAAAGAAGAGGAUCUUGACUGGUUAUAGACUGAGAAGAAGCCGGUUCGGAAAUUGGUCUCACUCAUGUCCUCAUCAUAGUGUUGAAGAUAAAUCUAUACAAAUAACCUCAAACCAAAGUACCGUCUAAGUUUUGGACACUGCUUAGAUAAACCCGUUGUCUACAUUUGUUCUCAAAGUCUAUGUCAGUA